AUGAAGUGUCUUCUACUCCUCUGUGUGCUGGUGUGCUCAGCUGUAGGAUACAAAAUCCUCUGCUUCCAUCCGAUUCCCUCCAAAAGUCAUUUCCACUUGGUCACUGGAAUCGUUCACCCGUUGGUGAAGGCUGGUCAUGAGGUGACAUUCGUUACAGUCUUUCCAGAAGCUGUGAAGGACAAGAGUAAAAAUCUCAGGGUUGUAGAUUUGAGUCAUCACAAGAAAUUUUUAGAAUAUAUUGACAUGUCAGAUCCGAAAGUCACAAUGACAGAUGUCCAGAUGUUGUCUUACAACCUGUCAGUGUCGCUGGUCCAAACUCCCGCCGUCCAAGAUAUGAUGGUGAACGAACAGUUCGAUGCUAUUGUCACUGAAUGGUUUUUCACGGAAAUCGAAGCGGGAUAUGCAGCCGUUCAGGGCGUUCCCUGGAUCCUCCUCUCUGGCAACGUCUACCACUCGCAAGUUGAACAAAUCGUGGACGCAGUGAGGUCCCUGCCAAUCUUACCCGGGAUACAUUCACGUAACCAGUUGCCGUUGACCUUCUGGCAGAGAGUACAGAACACGCUUUUCUACUGCCUUAUGUCCUUUGAUGAGUGGAGGUCAUACAGCGUAUUCAAAGCAGAAUAUGAGAAGCACUUUGGCGCUAUAGCGGCAGCCCGCGGGGUUCCACUUCCACCCUUCGAAGACGUCCACAGAAAUGUGUCUAUCGUACUCUCAGACAGCCAUCCCUCUUUCUCACCAGCUAUAAGCAAACCGCCGAAUGUCAUCGAAAUUGCUGGAUAUCAUAUUGACGCGAAUAUUCCAGAUCUACCAAAGGAUCUACAAGACAUUUUGGAUUCUUCUACUCAUGGUGUGAUCUACUUCAGCAUGGGGUCCGUACUGAAGGCCACUGCGUUGAAGGAGAAAACCCGAAAGGAACUAAUCGAGGUCUUCGGAAGUCUGAAGCAGACGGUUCUGUGGAAGUUCGAUGAGACUUUCGAGAACCUUCCGAAGAAUAUACAUGUUAGAUCGUGGAUGCCCCAAUCUAGUAUUUUAGCUCAUCCUAACGUGAAGGUCUUCAUCACGCAUGGAGGUCUUCUCAGUACCCUAGAAUCUCUGCAAUACGGAGUACCGCUGCUGGCAAUACCAGUGUUUGCUGACCAGCCCCACAAUGCAGCAAGGAGUGUCCAGACCGGUCAGGCAGUUCAAGUCCAGUACUCUCCAGACAUGGCCCCGAAGGUCAAAGAAGCGUUGUUUGAACUCUUGAGGAACGACAGCUACAGCAAGAAAGCGAAGUAUUUAUCCAAACUAUUCAAGAAUCGUCUGAACAAACCGUCCGAAUUGAUCACACAUUAUAUCGAAUUGGCGAUCGAAACAAAAGGGGCACUCCACCUUCGGUCUAUAGUAAAAUACUAUAAAUGGUACGAGUACUUAAUGCUGGACCAAGCUUUACUUCUCAUCGUGGUUCUGUAUAUUGUAUACUCCGUUCUUAGGAGAGCCAUUAAUGUUUUAACAAAAGAAGAGCCAAAAAAAUCGAGUAAAAAGAAGAGAGAUUAA